UGGCAGAGGGCGCGCUGCGGCCGCGUCUGUUAGGUGUGACCUUUACCCGCCCGGCCUGUUCCCCGGCCCGCGGCCCCGUCAUGGCCAUGGCGGCCUCGCUUCUGCUGCGGCAAGGACUAGCCGGGGGGCUGAAGACUGUGCUCCUAGAAGCAGGAGUGUUUCGAGGACUUGCUUCUACAGUUUCUCUCUCUGCACAAUCAGGAAAGAAUGAAAAGGGAUUGCCACCGAAUCCCAAGAAGCAAAGUCCACCAAAAAAUGUAGUGGAACCAAAGGAGAGGGGCCAGCAGCUAGCUACCCCAACAGCAGAUGAAUUGUCUAAAAACGUACCUUCACCCACUUCUUCCCCAGCAGUUGUGAACCAAGGCAGGGUGCUAGCUGGCCCUAACCCCGAUGCCAGCAUGCCACCCACAGACCAAGGGGUUCUGAAGUUUUUGCCAAGAAAGACUUUGGUAGAGUUUCCUCAGAAGGUUGCACCUCCAUUCAGUAAACAGGGUUCUGAUUCAGAAGGAGCCCAGCAGAGCAGGAAAGGGACGGAUGAUUCAUCUUCGUCUUCAUCUUCGUCCAGCUCCUCUGAUUCCGAGUCUGACGACGAGGGUGACAGCUCAGAAGCGGGUCCUCAGGCAACGAGCAAACGCAGAGGAGGGUUUCCCGUAGCAGAGGCCUCCCAUUCCUCUGCAGACGGGGCCCCCCCAAUUGAAAUACCUGCACAAGAGAAGAGUGUAUCACAGCAGCCGCAUCCGGACCUCGUCUCUGCACAGAGGCCCCACCAGGCAAAGAAGAAAGGGGCCUCCAGUCAACCAUCAGAGGACAGAAAAGACCCCAAACCAAAAACCACAGCACCCAAGUCACACGCAGGCGAAAAGUUUAUGGAGCAAGAUGUAAAGGAAAAACAAUGGCAGAAAGUAUCUACAUCAAAUGAAAUAGAUAAAGAAAGCCAGAAGCCACUAGUAGUUAAAAAAACCGUAUCCGACCGUACGAAAUCAGGAUUAUCCACGCGACCGAAUGGCGGCCCAGCGCCCACUCAGUCUGCAGAAACCAGAGUAGGAAGACGGCUGCCAGCGACUCCUGAGACCAAAGAAAGGCUUUUGGAGAAACAAGUACCAGAGCCUGAUGGGGAGGCGGCUCUUUCCCUGUUCAAAAAAGAAAAUCUGGGAAAGCAAGUAGCAGAAGGAAUCUUGAAGGCUAAGGAAGAGAUUUCGGAAGAUCAGUUACCAGUGAAAACUUUGAAGCCAGUCCCUGUUCACAACGAAGACGUUUUUGCUGAAAAGACAGCAGUUCUAAAGCUUGAGGAAAAGCGCGGAAUCAUCGAAGACUCAGCAACUCAGAUGGAAGGCCAGAACGGCACACAGGGGUCCCCACCGGCCGCCACCCCUGCUGAGCCAUUUGACAACACCACCUACAAGAAUCUCCAGCAUCAUGACUAUAGCACGUACACCUUCUUGGACCUAAACCUGGAGCUCUUGAAGUUCAGGAUGCCUCAGCCCUCUUCAGGACGAGAGUCACCUCGCCACUGAGAGCUCAGUUUAAAGAUUAACCUUUCGGGGCUUCCCUGGUGGCGCAGUGGUUGAGAGUCCGCCUGUCAAUGCAGGGGACACGGUUUCGUGCCCCGGUCGGGGAGGAUCCCACAUGCCGCGGAGCGGCUGGGCCCGUGAGCCAUGGCCGCUGAGCCUGCGCGUCCGGAGCCUGUGCUCCGCAGCGGGAGAGGCCACAACGGUGAGAGACCCGCGUACCACAAAAAAAAAAAAAAAAAAAAAGAUUAACCUUUCGAUGUCCUUCUGCAUUCUUGCGUGCGAAAAUAAAAUCCGCUCAGUGGUCAUGAGGCCUGGUGUGUAGGAUUGCUUUCCCUUCCACACCUUUCAUAGUGAGUUGUGAAUUGGCAUCAGUCCUGCUGAUGGUUUAUUCACCAUGUGUUUAGAUGCAUCUAUGUGCAGGGAAUUUUUCUUUUCUUUUUAAUUAAAAAAAAAUUUUUUUUAAUUAUUUAUUUCUGGCCGUGUUGGGUCUUCGUUGCUGCGUGCGGGCUUUCUCUAGUUGCGGCGAGCAGGGGCUACUCUUUGUUGUGGUGCGCAGGCUUCUCACUGCGGUGGCUUCUCUUGUUGCGGAGCACGGGCUCUAGGCGCACGGGCUUCAGUAGUUGUGGCUCGUGGGCUCUAGAGCUCAGGCCCAGUAGUUGUGGUGCAUGGGCUUAGUUACUCUGUGGCAUGUGGGAAUCUUCCUGGACCAGGGUUUGAACCUGUGUCCCCUGCAUUGGCAGGCAGAUUCUUAACCGCUGUGCCACCAGAGAAGUCCGGGAAUUUUUCCUUAAUUAUAAAGUAUGGGUCAGUGGACAAAUCUGCACAAUUAGAGAAUUGUAGGUGUUUUCCCUCAGUGUGAUUCUGCUAUGCUGGGCCCCUGGUCAGUUUAGCGUUUUCUGGUUCACCAGCAAGGUGUUGAUAAGGGCAGCAGGGCCUUCUGAUUUGGUAGACCUAGUGCUUGAUGAAUUGGAAACAGGAGUUUUACACAUUUUAACUGCUGCAUUGCAAAGAAAUUAAAUUAUGGCAUUUUAUUAUCAAAAGGA